UUCACCGACUCCUCUAUUCUAGUCUUCUGUCACUCACUCUGAGCAAGUCAGAAGCGUGUGACAAAUCAACACUGUUUGCAUGUGCAUCAUGGAUGUCUUUAUGUUGUAUUUGCAUCACAGUUGCCUGGCUCCAGAAUGGCAACCCUACAGUGUCAUCACACUCUGAUGAAGGCGGAAGAUUCCGCCGAAACAUGUCAGCUCUUUUGCCCUCCAUGCUUGAGGAUGACCAACAUCUGAUGGGCGAGCCCGCGAUCUGCAUCUUUGAGCAACCCAGGAUGAGAGGAAUGCGCUUCCGUUACAAGUGCGAGGGUCGCUCGGCUGGCAGCAUCCCCGGUGAGAGAAGCACGGACAACAACAGGACGUACCCCAGUCUGCAGAUUUUGAAUUACAGUGGCAAGGGUAAAGUGUGUGUUUAUUUGGUGACGAAGAAUGAGCCAUACAGGCCACAUCCUCAUGAUCUGGUGGGCAAGGACUGCAAAGAUGGCUACUAUGAGGCCGAAUUUGGGCCGGAUCGCAAAGUAAUCGCUUUCCAGAAUCUGGGUAUCCGGUGCGUGAAGAAGCGGGAGGUCAAAGAUGCCAUUUUACAAAGGAUUAGCAGAGGGAUGAACCCCUUCAAUGUGCCGCAAGAGCAGCUGCUGCAGACGGAAGAGUACGACUUGAACGUGGUCCGCUUGUGCAUACAGGUUUUCCUGCAAGAUGAAAACAGCCACUACACUCGAGCCCUCAACACUGUAGUCAGCAACCCCAUCUAUGACAACAGGGCCCCAAACACGGCGGAGUUGAAGAUCUGCCGGAUCAACAGCAACAGCGGCUCUGUCAAGGGAGGAGACGAGAUCUUCCUGCUUUGUGAUAAAGUGCAAAAAGAUGACAUCGAAGUGCGAUUUUUCUCCUCUGACGGUUGGGAGGCCAAAGGCUCAUUCUCUCAAGUCGACGUUCAUCGUCAAGUGGCCAUCGUCUUUCGGACGCCGCCUUUUUACAACACCUCGAUCACCGAGUCAGUGACGGUACACAUGCAGCUACGCCGACCGUCUGACGUGGAAGUCAGCGAGCCUCUGGCCUUCCGAUAUCUUCCUGAUGACAAAGACCCUUAUGGUAAUAAUAAAAAAAAACGUAGCAGAGAGAACUUAAUGAGGAUGUGGGGAUGUUCAGCUGUGCCCUUUCCUGGCCUGGCUAUGAGUAAGCAAGCGGCAGUGCCACAAAAUACCGGGAAUCAUAUGCAAGAGCACAACAUGUACCCCAGGCAGCCUCCAUCUCUGAUGCAGCAGCAGCAACCUGUGUUCAACCAACCCUACCAUGUAAAUGUCAGCCAUACCUGGACAAACUCCAACCAAGUGGAGACAUCCUCCAUCAAUCCUUCUAAUGUCAUGAGCAAUCUGCCCCAGCCCAAGAGCGCUCAGCCGCAGCAUCAAAACCAUACUUCUGGGUUCCCCGGUGAAAGCAAUGUCCUCCCUGAGCUCUCCAUAAGCGACUUGCAGUGCUUGGACCCAGGUCUUCAAGUUCCUGCGAUGGGCCAGCCUCAGUCCCAUGCGCUCUUCCAUUCGCAGCACCAGGGGGCGGGUCCUUCCUUCAAUAAUCGGGUCCAGAACCACCUUGGGAGCCAGACCCCGGGUUUCCAAAAUGUAUGGAACAAUUUUGGUGCCCUGAAUCCGUUUCAGGACACAUUGCAGAACGCUGUUGCUGCUUCAGAAAAGAGCGCUCAGGGGCUGGGAGCUUUCCCACUCUUGGAGGGGUUGGAAAGGAAUGAAUUUAUGAAGGGCCAAGUAGGAAGAGAACCUCAGACUGGGUUCCAACUAAAGCAAGAGUCUCACAUCUCGGUCAAGCAAGAGCCCAUGAUGCCGUUUCCUAGAGAAGCCCACGCAAACACGUACACCAACCUUCUCCCUCGUUCCAUGAGCAACUGCACCAAUGUGAAUGUUUUAAGGCAAGACGGUGGAAGGAAACCUCACCUCGUCCACCCAAACCUCAAAGACCCUUAUUCUACUAACCACAUGACUUCCGAGAGUCACUUUUCGACUUUGGAUGAGUAUAUCAGACCCAAGACAAGUCAUUCCUCAAAGCAGUGACCGCAAGGAAUGACAUUAACUAAUCAUCUCAUGUUGCAUUGAAUAUUGACAAACUGAUCAUAUUCCUGCAAUGCUAACUGGGCAUUUAUUUUGGCGUGGAAUGUAUUGUGGGUUACAUCAACGGGUGAACACAAGCAUUAGUACCGUCGUUCAUUAGUGAGCAAUGAUUUCAUGCCACUUGGUAAUGCAAAUCUUUACAUGGUACAAGACUCGAUGAUUUUCAACAGGUAAUGAGGAAUUAUGUUCUGUUUUAGGCCGUUUUUGACUGGAAAUAUUGCAGUUCCAGUACCGUUUUUUUUUCUGGCUGUCAUCUUUCUUUCACGUAAACCAAAGCAACACUUAGGAUUGGCGGAGCAAGAUGACCGCGCGCACAGACGCAGCCGCCCGGCGCUCCUCAGCUGUUGGCAGUAUUGCAACUUUUUUCGUAACUUUUCUUGUAACAUCUUUAGUACUCGUGCAAUACAGCAGAGCGGAACUGUUGUCGGUCACAGUAAAUACCUUCUGCCCGCUAAAUAACUUGAUUCUCUGGAACACGAUUCCCCCUGGGGAUUCGGCGGCCGCCAAGCGUGGACUUUUUUUGAGACUGCUUUUUAAAAUCGAGAACUUCAAUAUUGAGCUACAGCUUUUUUUUUUUCCAUCAGGUUGUUAAAAUCAUCACCCCACCCCUGCUCAUCCCUUGCGAAAACUGACCUAAGAUUGCAUUUUAUCUGUAUUUUAUAUUGUUUUAUAUAAAUCUGCAUGCCAUGAGGAGCUGCCAAACUGAUUUUCACAGUUAACACUGCGUUAACAGUAACAACAAAGGAAUUCAAUUCAAAGAUUGUGAUGACAACUAAAAAAGCUCACAGAGGAUAUAUAAGUGGGUUAGUGGUAUACUUGCCUUACUUUGGUACAGGCCGCGUGGGUUCCGUUUCCGCUCAGUGACAGUGAGAAUGAGUGUGAGUAGUUAUCUGUUUUUGUUUGUGUCAUGCAACAACAUAAGACUCUGCCUCCCUGUGAUCCAUAACAAGAUAAGCGCAAUAGUGGAUGGUUGGAUGCAUGAAUGUGCUUUGAGGGGGUGUGUCCCCCCCCCCCGCCAUGAUUCAUUCCUUGUUGCAAUAAAAAUUUGCAGAAGUAUCGUUAUUGCAUUGAAGCUUUGAUUGUUGGGAUUUUACUGUGGCCUUUUGAAUUGCUUUGUUAAGGAAUGUCACAUAUUGCGCAGGUUGCAUUUAUAUUUUUGUCCAUUCUUUUUUUUUUUCUGUCAAGCAGCAUUUGUUGUCAUUUUCGCCCUAAUUCAUUAAUUGCUGAAGGGCUAAUGAAUUGACAAAGUACUAAAAUUUCCAAUGAGGAAAUUGGAGGGAGCACGCAAAGUUGUGACUUUCCUCAGUAAUGACUAUGUCACACCAGUGAUCACAUGUGUUAUUCUCAGAGCCAAACAGAUGUUUGACUGAUAGAAAUGUAAAUAUCUUGUUGUUUUAGUCUUUCAGCUCAGGCUUUUUUUGUGUAUGUGUGUGGGGGGGGGGGGGGGGGUAGUUAAGGACAAGCACUUGUGAUUGUGCACAACUGCUUUGUCAUCUGUAGCCUUGCUCAUUAUGUUUUACUUCCUUGUAUGUCUUUAAGAUCAACUGCUGACUAUGAUAUUUUCCGUGGGUUGCUUAGAGGGGUUUUGCAGCAGGAUCCAUUUUUAAUAAACAAUGAAUAAACA